UCCCUUAAACGCUCACCUUUCUUCUCACGCACAAACACGCAGUCCAUUGUCUCGUACUUCCCUGUCCCCUGCUCCUAGUAGAAAGUAAACACCUCGGAGAAAAAUAAAUACUACUAGAUUAAGAAUAAGCUUUGUGGAUCAAUGGGAGAAGAAUGUGAUAUGGGCACCACAUAGUACAUAGACAAGGUUGGAUAAACAAAACCAAACAAAAAAGCAGAGCAAAAGAAGUCUGCAAUAUGCUGAGACCAAGAGGGUUCUUCGUACUCUUCUUUAUCUCCUUCUGCUUCUUCUCAUCUCUCAAACCUUCAUUCCCUCGUCCUGCACCAUAUGUGAUGAGAAUAAGUUGUGGAGCUCGUGCAGAUGUCCGGACUUCCCCAACUAAUACUCUAUGGUAUAAGGAUUUUGCAUAUACGGGAGGAAUACCAGCUAAUGGAACCCGCCCAAGUUUUAUAACUCCAAGUCUUGAUACUCUUCGCUAUUUUCCUUUAUCUGAGGGACCUGAAAAUUGUUACAAUAUCAAUAGAGUACCUCAUGGCCACUACACUGUUAGGAUCUUCUUUGGAUUAGUUGCAGAGCCAAAUUUUAACAAUGAACCCUUGUUUGAUGUUUCCAUAGAAGGAACACUAGCUUAUUCUUUGCCAUCUGGGUGGAGCAAUCAUGAUGAUGAGCAGGCAUUUGUCGAAGCCCUUGUGUUCCUUGAGGAUGGGACUGCAUCACUUUGCUUCCAUAGCACUGGUCACGGAGAUCCAGCAGUAAUGGCAAUCGAAAUUCUUCAAGUUGAUGAUGGAGCAUACUAUUUUGGCCCUGGACAUGGUCAAGGGACAAUUCUGAGGACUGUUAAAAGAUAUAGUUGUGGUUCCGAGCAUCAAAAGUUUGGUGCUGACUACAGUGCUGACAGUUGGGGUGGGGAUCGAUUUUGGGAUUCCCGCCUAACUUUUGGUCAGAGUAAUGAUCACACCAUAUCUACAACAAACAGCAUCAAAGUACCCUCAUCAUCACCUAACUUCUAUCCUGAAGCUCUCUACCAGACUGCUCUUAUUAGUACAGAUAAUCAACCUGAUUUAGUCUACACAAUGGAUAUUGACCCGAACAGAAACUACUCAGUUUGGUUGCAUUUUGCAGAAAUUGAUCCUUCAGUAACUGCUGCAGGGAAAAGGGUAUUUGACAUUUUGAUAAAUGGUGAUGCUGUGUUUCGAGAUGUUGACAUUGUCAAAAUGACUGGUGCUAUUAAUACAGCUCUAGUGCUGAAUACAACUGUUCCUGUUAGUGGUCGAGGUUUGACAAUCAGUUUGCACCCUACAAAGGGUAAUCAUGCCAUAAUCAAUGCUAUUGAGAUAUUUGAGAUUGUAGCAGCAGAAUCCAAAACAUUACCUGAUGAAGUUCGAGCAUUGCAGUCAUUGAAGACUGCUCUUGGGCUUCCUCUUCGUUUUGGAUGGAAUGGAGACCCUUGUGUUCCCCAGCAGCAUCCGUGGAGUGGAGCUGAUUGCCAAUUUGACAAAGUUUCAAAUAAAUGGGUUAUUGAUGGGCUUGGUCUUGACAACCAAGGGUUGAGGGGCUUUUUGCCAGCUGACAUAUCAAAAUUGCACAAUCUGCAGAGCAUAAAUUUUAGUGGAAACAGCAUUGGCGGAGUAAUUCCUUCCUCUCUUGGAACAAUUUCUAGCCUAGAAGUACUGGAUCUUUCUUACAACUUCUUUAAUGGGUCGAUCCCUGAAAGCCUUGGCCAGUUGACUUCAUUACGAAUACUGAAUCUCAAUGGUAACUCUCUCUCAGGAAGAGUCCCAGCUGCAUUAGGAGGAAGAUUGUUGCACAGAGCUAGCUUUAAUUUCACGGACAAUGCUGGUCUCUGUGGUAUUCCUGGCUUGCGAACGUGUGGACCUCAUCUCUCAGCCGGUGCAAGAGUUGGCAUUGGAUUGGGGGUAUGUGUAUCAUUCCUGCUGAUUGCAACCUGCUUGACUUGUUGGUGGAAAAGGCGCCAAAAUAUUCUCCGAGCUCAAAGAAUUGCUGCAAGAGAUGCUCCUUAUGCAAAGGCAAGAACUCAGUUCAACCGUGAUGUGCAAUUGACAAGACAUCAUGGUCAUGAACAUGCUCGCACAGCUGCUGAAAAUGGGCCAAGCUUGCUUGCAUGAUCAGCUAGCUAUUAGCAGCCAUACUUGACAUCCCUUUUUGUUGGCUGGAUGAGGUGUACAUUACCAUUCGUUUCUGGUGUCAAUUUGCAUGAUUUUGGCUUGAAAGUUCUAUUUUUUAUACCACAAAAUAGCAAUACCCUCAGAACUGUUAAGUUAAUCUUUAACCAGGUGCUGUUUUGGAUAUGAAUGUCCCAGAUGGGAAGAUUGCUGUAAAUCUGUGUCAUUUUUUUCUUUUUUUGGCAGCAGUAUCAGAAAUACGUAGCAUUUAGGAAAGCCCGUGUAUAAAACUUAAUGCACUUGAGCGUCCAAGGAUGUAUGAUUAGAAUAGCCUCGUGACCUCCUUGCAGUUCCAAAUUGACUCUCCGUCCUCCUCGUUAACUUAUCAAUUUUGCCCUUCAUAUUAAUGUUUAA